AUGUUGCCAGUUGGUACCAAAAAAGAUGGGAAACUGGUCUACAUGUGCUUUGUGGACCUGAAGAAGGGUUAUGAACGUAUCCCCCAGGUGGGGUGUACUGCGGGAGUAUGGGGUACCAGGGCCGCUGAUGCGAAUGAUGUGGUUCUGUUGGCUUCAUCAGACCAUGAUCUUCAGCACACAUUGGACUGGUUUGCAGCCAAGUGUGAAGCAGUCAGGAUGAGGGUCGGCAUCUUCAAGUCUGAGGCCAUGGUUCUCAGCCUGAAAAUGGUGGAUUGUUCCCUCCAGGUGAGGGGAGAGUUUCUGCCCCAAGUGAAAGAGUUUAAGGAUCUAGGGGUCUUGCUCUUGAGGCUGUGUGCUGUCUCAUCACUCCCUGCUCAUCAGUACCAUUUUGUUUAUGAACAAAUGAACAUGACUGAAGCUCAGAGCUACUGCAGAGAAAACUACACAGACCUGGCCACUAUAGACAACAUGGAGGACGUGAACCUCUUGAACUCCAUGGUGGAUUUAAACAGAAUGAUCUACCCAACAUUCAGCUAUUUAGCCUGGAUAGGUCUGUACGACGAUGUGAACAGCUGGAGGUGGUCGCUGUCAGACAGAAGUUUCUACACACAGGAGGAGGCUGAGUUCAGGAACUGGUACAACUAUGAACCAGACAAUGAAAAUAGUAGAGAACACUGUGCAUGGAUCACCAAUGAUGGACAGUGGAAUGAUGUUUUUUGUGAUUUCUACCGUACAGCAGUCUGCAUGGAUGUCACAUUUGUCUUCAUCAACAAAACAAUGACAUGGACUGAAGCUCAGAGCUACUGCAGAGCAAACCACACAGACCUGGCCAGUGUGAGAAACAUGGAGGAAAACCAGAAGGUAACAGAGCUGCUACCUUCAGGACAAGAUGUCUGGAUCGGCCUUUUCAGAGACUCCUGGAAGUGGUCGGAUGGAAGUAACUCCUCAUUUAGGUACUGGAAUGAGGUUGAACCUAAUGGGAACAAGGAGAACUGUGUGGCAGCAUACUUCGGCUAUCAUGGAAAAUGGGAGGACUGGCCCUGUGAUCACAGGACAGGAUUUAUCUGCUACAGUCCACCUGUCUCAAAGAAAGUGGUGAGAGUGAGGCUCAUGAAGAAAAGCUCCUCUCUGGAUCUGAAUGACCCUGCUGUGAUGGAAGACAUCUUGAGGGAGCUCAAACAGAAGCUGAAGGACAAGGGAGUGGACGGAGACGUCAAACUGAGCUGGAGGAAGCAGUCGGAUGGAAAGGUCUUCCACAAGGAAAAGGAGACUGAGAAGAAAACCACUAAGAAAAGAGAUGAGCUUUAAUGUUUGAAUUCUGUCAGUUUCCAUGAAAGAUUUUCUUUUUCUUUAUCUUUAGAAUAGUAAUGUUUUGUUGAAAAACAUAUUUUACUGUUAACUUUCUGUGAUUUGUGUGAUUAUCUUGAAUUAUUAUCACAUCCUAUUUUUCCGAUAUCCCCCUUGUAGGAAUGUAAACUGUAAGAUUUAUCAUCUUUCAUGUUGUGAUUGCAUAAGUGAGCAGUGCUUUGAGCUACAUGCUAAUAUCAACAUGCUAACAUGCUUGCAAUGGAAAAGGUAAAAUGCAACGUACAUGUCUGUUGAGUCUGGAUGUUGAUUUCGAGGGUGAUUGUUUCUUCUUUUGUUAAAUUGCACUUAGUUCUGACAUCAAAGUCAGAAUUCUGAGAUCAAAGGAUGUGUUUGGAACCGCCUACAAACGUAGACCCUGGACUAAGCUGGUGAGCUAAGGUAAACCAGUUGGCCCCAAAUCUCUGAAAAAGUUGGAUCAGAUUGGGCAGAUUGGAAAGUAAAAAUCUUAUUUGGUCAUAGUCUCACGUUAAAAAUAUAAAAACUUUCUAAAAUGCCAGAUAAGCAGUCAUGUUGGGAAAAACAAGUUUUUAGCCUGUUCUGAAAUCACAGCCACUUGUCACUGUUGCCGCUGGCUGGUGUGAAAUGCAUUCUGGGAUACUGGUAGUAUACUUCAGUGUGAACGGUCAGUUUACUUAAUCAUUUAUUUAAUAAGUAGUAUAACCUUAAAUUAAUGAAACCUGCCUGAAAUUCAUUCACACAGAAGCACAAUCUCAGAUUGUACAAUCAUUAUUUUCUUCAUGAUGAUAAGUUAAAACAAAAUGUUACCUAUUGUAACUGUAAGUCAAAUAAACUA